CAUCAGAACCGAGCUGACCGGCUCGCCGGGUCAGGCCGCUGCGAUGAACCCGGUGAACGCGACGUCGCUCUACGUGUCUGCGAGCCGCUCGGUGCUGCAGUGCGACCCCCGAGACCCCCGCGCCCUGUCCGAGCUGUGCAAGCUACUGCCUUUCUUCCGACAGUCUGUGUCCUGUUUGGUCUGCGGUAACCUGCUGCAGGACCCCAUGGCCCCCACCGACUCAUCGUGUCAGCAUUAUGUGUGCCGUGGGUGCAAAGGUCAACGGAUGCAGCUGAAGCCGUCGUGCAGCUGGUGCAAAGACUAUUCGCGGUUCCAGGAGAACCGGCAGCUGUCCCUGUUGGUGCGAUGCUAUCGCAAGCUGUGCCUGUACAUCACGCACUCGCCGCUCGCCCCACACAUCGCCGGCGCCGCCGCCGACUCGCCCGACCUGCAGGCCGUCCUCAACGAGGGCCUGCGGCUGGCCGAGAGCGAGUCCGAAUCUGAACUUGAGCCUGACCCCGCGGAAGGCGAGGCGCCACCCGAGGAAGCGCCGCAUCCCAACGAGGUCGCCACCACCACCGCCGGUGUCAACGGGCUUCACGAUUGUAACGGAUUGGGCUCCUCGCUGGAUCCGGGCCGAGCGGUCGUCAAGCAGGAGGACUUUUGCGAGGAGAUCCCGACGGGGGCGGUGGCGGUGGGGGGCCUUUGCGACUUGGGCGGCUUCGGCGACGAGCUGAAACACGGAACGGGGCCGCUGCUGCUGAGCGUGGAGGAGGUUCUGCGGACUCUUGACACGGACACCGAGCCCGACGACCCCCCCACGCCUCUGUCUGUCAACGGGCCUCUCUGCCCGGCCCUCCCUCUGGAGAGCAGCUGUCACCCCUUCCGCCCUCACCCGCAAGCGCCCACUACGUCCCCCAGCGCCGCCCCCCGUGGACCUUCUCGCUGCCAACGCAAGCGCUCCCGCUCGGAAAGCGACAGCGAGAAACUGCGGCCCCUCCCCAUUGACAGCCUCCUGCGGGGAACCCCUCCCAACGGCGCCCCCCACUGCCCCCGCCUCGGCGCCACACCCGUGUGCGACUUUCCCGCCGCCACGCCCCAUUUCCACUUGGCGCCCGUGCCCAACGGCGGCCCGCCCAAGGUGGGCAAGGCCCCGCUGGGCUCCAGCAAGCCGCCCAGGAAGACGGGGGAGCACCACGGGUGCGCCAAAAAGGCCAAGGCCAGGGCCCCCAAGCCCCGCUCGCAGCCCCGCGGGCCCCCCCACCCCCACGCUCACCCGCUCAGUCACCCGGCCAGCCCCUCCAAGCCGCUGUACAAGAAGCCCGUGGAGAAGAAGGGCUGCAAGUGCGGCCGAGCCACACAGAACCCCUCGGUGCUCACCUGCAGGGGGCAGCGCUGUCCGUGCUACUCCAACCGCAAGGCGUGCCAGGACUGCAUCUGCCGCGGCUGCCAGAACUCGUACAUGGCAAAUGGCGAGAAGAAGCUGGAGGCCUUCGCCGUGCCCGAGAAAGCCCUGGAGCAGACACGGCUGACGCUGGGCAUCAACCUCACCAGCAUCGCCGCCGCCGCCCUGCGGGGGCCGGCCGGCGCCGCCCCCGGCGCCGCCCUGCUCAACGUGGCCGGCGCUACGGGCUCGCCGGUCGCCACCGCCUUCCUGUCGGCGGCGGGUCACGACGGCCGCGCCUUUGACGACUCGCUGGAGAUGCACUUUGACUGUUGACUUUCCACCCACUCGAAAAACUUGGUGCCCCCGUCUCGCACGCAUUCCCGUCGGGUCACCCCGGGGACGUGGCGGUCACGUGUCUUUUACCGUCACGCCCGUCGCCGUUAGCUUUGUCGUCGUCGUCGUCGUCAUCACUGACUGGUAUAAUUUAUAUCGAUGAAUGUUUUGUACAUGAACCUCCGUGGAAGCCAUUGUAGGAUCUAUUUUAUACAUUACGUCUUAGACAGGGCAGCACAGUGGGUGGAGUGGUUGACACUUCUGGUUCGCAGUUCUGCGUUCGAAUCUGGGCUUCCUGCGUGGAGUUUGCGUGUUCUUUUCCCAACAUGCCAAAAACAUGCAUGUUAGGUUAAUUGAAGACUGUAAAUUGUCCAUAGGUGUGAAUGGGAGUGUUUGUCCUGUGAUUUACGAGUGACCGGUCCUCAGUCAGGACUCGAAUCCAAGAAAGCAGAAAUUCAAAUAUACCUCCCAAUUUUUCAAUCUUGACUUUGAAAAAUGAAGCCAACAAUUGGCGCUUUAAGCUGAAAAAUCCCACAAGCUCAACACUAAUAAGAAGAAGCAGACACAAACAUUUUGCCGCCAUGUUCAAAACGCUUGGCGCAUUUUUGUGGUUGCGGGUUUGAAUCCAACCUCCCGGGUUUCCUCUCUGAACUUUUCUUCCUCCCAAAUUCCAGGAACAUUGUUCAAUUGAAGACACGAAAUUGGCCCCAAGUGUGAGUGUUUGUCUGGCGACUCCGAGGAGGACAACAGAAAACGAAUGAUUGAAGUCUGCUUGCGACAUACACCACAGGCGCACCACGGAGGGCCUGUGUGUUUUGGCAAUUCUGGC